CUUUACAGCCCGUCAAGAACAUUAGGCGAACAUGUACACACUUGUAAGCGGGCUUUAUAAAAAGUAUACACAACGACAAGAGUUUUUUGUGAUUAUUCUUGGUCUGGACAAUGCUGGUAAAACUACAUUGCUGGAACGUAUCAAGUCUAUUUAUAACGGAGUACCUGGACUGAGUUCUGAAAAUAUUGGACCAACAGUUGGAUUAAACAUUGGAAAGGUAGAUGUAAAGAAUGUCCGUCUCAACUUUUGGGAUCUGGGCGGACAGAGGGAACUCCGGAGCAUAUGGGAAAAGUACUAUUCGGAAUGUCAUGCGAUUGUUUUUGUCGUAGAUUCUACUGAUCGAGUUCGUAUCGAAGAAGUUCAGGCCACUUUGGACAAAGUGAUUCAUAAUGAAACCAUUGAAGGUGUGCCUGUUAUUAUGUUGGCCAAUAAGCAAGAUGCACCCGAUGCAUUAAAGCUGCACGAUAUUCAGCACAUAUUUAAUCAGAUCGCGGUAGCUCUGGAAGCCAGAGAGAGUAAAGUCAUGGCUGUAUCAGCUCUACAAGGAAACGGAGUACAAGAAGCAGUGGAUUGGUUGUACUCGAGAUUAUUAUUAAAUCAGAAACAUCGACCUCCAAUCUACAACAACUGAGCAUGUCAUGUUUAAAUAAAAAUGCAUGAUUUCAUUAUAA